UAUUACUGGUUAAUAUUUCUGGGCUACUCUCUUCCAUCAUUUGCAAUUGUUUGAUGCAUUUGAGACUAGGUUGCUGUUCAUAUACAUUACAGCAGUUGCAUUUGUUCAGUAUUCUCUUUGGGCACUUGCAGCAAUGGCAUGUAUUUUAUACAGGUUUUUCAAGUGCUGAAGUCCACAUUAAGUACUUUUCAGAUCUUGAUAGGUUAGGUGGUCCUUAAUAGAGAUACAGAAAGGAUCAUGUGAUUGUGAGGAGACCAUUCAAUAAAUUGCCACAGACCUAAAAUUCACCAUUCCUACAAGACUGAAUGAGGUACCUUCUUUAUUUACGAGGCCAAGGGUCUCACUGGCUUCUGAGUAGCGACCAGUGGGGUUUCUACUGUGUAGAAAUAAAAGAUGAGAUGUUGACACAUAAGUGGAGUCCAGUAAGCUGGGUAGCAUGACUGAGGACAAGUGGUGCUCCUUGUAGCUCACUCACCCUGGCCUUCAGAGCUUAGUGCUGGGCAAAAUUGUGCUUCCAGAUGAAUGGUUAUAUUCAUCUCAGGUAGCACACAGGGUAGAGUAGGUGCUCUUGACACCAAAAUAUCAUUUCCAAUAAAUAUUGCUUAGGAUUUGCAUACCCUUUGGGAUGUAAUACUGUGUUCUACUGACCAGCCUGAGCCCGUGGUCUUUGCUCUGUUUGGAGUGAAGAGAUGUGGACAUACGCAUACAAGGUCCAAGAACACUGGAUUCAUCAGCAUUCAGCUUUGUGCUUCUAGGUAAUAUGUAUCUGAAGCCAUGUAAUGUUUAACAGAGGAAAACAGCAGUACGAGUAAAGCAGCAAGAAACAGCACAGCCCACUGAGAGCACGAGCCCUCUGAAUGUAAAUAUCUGUGAAGAAUGAUGAAGGCCUUGCUCCCACUGUACUUGCUGGUGGCCAUGCUUCAGCCCAAUGUCCACAGUCUGACCCAGACUGAUCACCACACGGACCAGCCUGAGGCAACUGACCCCCAGGAGCAGCAUUCUCUUGAGGUAGAUGCUCUCAAGUCCUGCCAAAGGAUAAUCCCAAGCAAUACAGACUUUGCCUUUCAAUUUUACAGGCAAGCAACCGCUCAAGAACCUGACAAGAACAUUUUCUUUUCCCCAGUCAGCAUCUCUGCUGCCCUUGCCCUUCUGGCCCUGGGCUCCCGAGGCAGUAGCCAGGCUCAGCUGCUGGAAGGACUGGCCUUUAACCUCACAAGCAUCCAGGAGGAGGAGAUACAUGAUGGCUUUCGUCAGCUCCUCCGCUUGCUGAACCGCCCUGGCAGCCAGGUGCAGCUGAGCAUGGGCAACACCCUGUUCAUGGACAAACACCUGAAGCCAAUGAAAACAUUUCUGAAGGACAUAAAAAAACUGUACAGAGGAAAAGCUGUCUCUAGUAGCUUCCAGAAUUCCACUGAAGCUAAAAAAGAGAUCAAUGAUUAUGUAAAGAAUAAAACUCAUGGAAAUAUAAAACAAAUACUUGAGGACCUUGAUCCAAACACUCUGAUGGUAAUUGUUAACUACAUUUAUUUCAAAGCUUACUGGGAAAAUCCUUUCAAUAUUAAGGGGACUCACAAGGACUUUUUCCAUGUGAAUGCAAAGACCUCAGUUGAAGUGGAAAUGAUGAUUCGAGAUGGAUUUUAUAAAGCCUACUCUGACAGGAAGCUGUCUUGCAAGGUGGUGCAGAUUCCUUACAAGGGAGAUGUUACAGCAUUGUUUAUCCAGCCCAAUAAAGGAAAAAUGAAACAGUUGGAACGUGUCCUGACAAAAAACACUGUUUCUAAAUGGGAAAGAUCUCUUCAAAGAUGGAGGAUGGAAUUGCAUAUUCCCAAACUAUCAAUUUCAGGCACCUAUGACUUAAAGAGGAUCUUAAUGAAUCUGGGUGUAACUGAUGUGUUUUCUAAUUGGGCUGAUCUGUCUGGAAUCACAGUAAACCCUGAUGUGAAGGUUUCAAAAGCUACUCACAAGGCCCUGCUGAAGAUUCAUGAGAAUGGCACAGAGGUUGCAGCAGCCAGCAGCAUAGAUUUUCUUCCUCAUUCUGCUCCACCCAUUGUUAAAUUCAAUCAUCCAUUCUUGCUGCUGAUUGUUGAUCAGUAUACUCAGGCCAUCCUCUUCAUGGGAAAAAUUGUAAACCCAACUGAAAAAUGACUGGUCAGUGGCUGGUCUUAUUGAUUUAAAUUGCAUUUUAUUGAAUUAUUGAUCAUUGUCAAAAAUUAAAAUUAAUGUAUAAAUUAAUUAAUAAUUUAAUAAUAAUUAAUGUUAAAAAAUAAAAUAAUAAUUAAUGUUAUAAUUAUAUCCCAACAGUUACUAACAAUUUUUUUUUUCCCAAAAAAAUCAGGAAAGAGUGCAGUCUUUCUUAGAAACAUUCUUUUUGCUUCAUCCUUCCGUAGAGAAUAACCACUGAGAUAAACCUAUUAGUGAAUUGUGAAGCAUUUGAUAAAUCAGCCUUUUAGUGAUCAGUGCCAUCUUUGAAAAGCAAGGUAAUAUCCAGCUGAGAGACUCAGUUGAAAUACUGUAAGUAAAUAAAAUUUGAGUGGAUAAAUCCAAAUGAAUUCUCUGCAAACUACAGGUUGGCUUCUGACAUUGGUAGGGUUUCCAGCAGAAGGAAGGCAUACCUGCAAAUUACACACUGGGAGAGUCGGUCACUUUAGACCAGGCCUAGGCUCUUCCUUUGAAGGUCAAGUCUUAUUCCAUACUCUCCUUUAGGACAUUCACAGCUGAUGGCAUCCACCCACAUUGUGUUGGCUUCCCUGAGAUGGCCAUUAAUGAAACAAACGCUACACAAACAUCCUAUGUGGAAGCAGUGCUGGGAAAUGUUUUGGCUAGAUAUCUAAAAGUUUCUACUGGCAUUGCAUUAUAGAUUUAAUCUUGUAUUUCUUGUAAGUGGAUGUUCAAAAAGGACAGGAUAUGAAUACCUGGAAGGGGAAGAAACCAAACAUUGAGAUUAAUCCUAUUUCCAGAGUUUAUGUCUAUGCUGGUAAAUAAAGAGCCCUAAGGUCUGUUCCCUAACCAUGAGGUCAGCUGCCUCAUCACAGGUUGUAUCCACAUUGCUUAAUUCUGACCCUGGCAAGUCAUCCCAUCUACUUCUUGGAAAUGGCCCUUGGCCUGUGCUAACUCCAAAAACAUGCUUAGCACUUGUUUGGAAGAAUCAUAUGGUAGCAUGUGUCUGAACUGUACUAAAAGUAUAAGAAUGUGUCUACAGGCUGAUGGCCCUGUCUGUUCCCCAGAACUGCUCUGUGUACUGGGACAAAUGGAGCCAGAGUGAACAACAGGGGAGUGGGAAAGUGUCCCUUCAUCACUCAGCCCUACAAGCUCCCUCUCUGCUCUCAAUUUGCAUUUUUUUUUGAAUAACACUAAGUUCCAGGUGAUGCUGAUAGGCCUUCACAACUACUUCUCAGAAAUGAGGGAACUGGAGACCAUGAUGUGGAAUAAGACUAGGCAGUUCAAUAAACGCCCUUCAAAACUACGUCAAGUCACAGACUGCAAGACUCCCAUGUACUUAGCACAGAUGUGUUUGGGUGGUCUCUCCUGAUUAGUCCUGUGCAUUCACUGUAAUUAUGUAUGCUUAUUUUCACAGUAAAUGUGAGUGCUCAUUUUCAAAAAGGCUGCUCCUCAUUAAGGAUUUGUGCUGUUCCUUAGAUGAUACCGCAACCCUUUGAUGACGCAGUUACCAGAAACACUUCAAAGCUGAGCACAUAGAAUCUACCAUGAAGAAUAAAAUAUGAAAGUUUAAUUCUA